AUGGAGGCCCAUGUAAUAGAGAGCCUAACUGAAAUGAGCCCACUGGCCCAAAUGUCCGAAGAAUACAACAAAUGGAGAACGUCAAUUAUUUCCGACUUCAUUAGUAACUUCAAUGAUUUAAAUAGUGUAAGUAAUCCAAGAUGCCAAGGAAUUUACAGAAGCUUAAACCACUGGUUGGAUGAUAAUCGUGACGAGUUUAUCCUGAACAAGGCUAAAUUAUUUGGCAUCACAUCUCCGGAAGAUGCAUGGCUAACAUCUAUAGAGAACCCCCUGGUGGAAAAAAUCGAGUCCUUAGAUUAUUUAUCACUAUUUAAAAGAGCCCCUUAUAAAUAUCCAAAAAAUUUAAGAGAUGUCCUCGGGGAAGUAGAAGAGUUUCUAGACGAAAGAGAUAUAUACAUUCAGGAACUGGACAUGGAUUGUACAUCUGACGAGUAUUUACUUUUCAAAGACUGGAUUAACAGAAAGAAAGAUUAUUUGACAAACCACGUCGAUUGGCACUUGGUAGAAAAAAAUGAAAAAGACAUUCCACCCGCACUCAAGUCAAGGUUCGACUUGAACAACGUAUUCAAACCUGAGUCCUACUGCAGAGCUGGUACGUCACAUAGGAAUUUACCAAACAAUGGAAAUCUCGUGAAAACGUAUGAACCUCCCAUUCUAAAUAAAGACGUUACUGCCAUUGUCCCUAAAAGUUUCUGGGCCAAUCUUCCCGAAAGCCUGAUCCAUUUAAAUCCGAUUAUAACUGUCGGUAUCAUUGUCAUGCAAUUCUUUUUGUUCUAUUUCCUUCUGCAAAAGAACUUCUCUGAUGACUUCGACGUAGACGGAAGAUACCCCAGAAGAGAGCUAUCCCCUGAUGGCGAGGAACUCUAUAACCCGGACGGCACCAUAAACCCUGCUGUACUUGGAAGAGGAAAUAAAUCAAAAAAUGAAUACUACGCUUUUUACCCUGUGAAACCAAACAAGGGAAAGGAUACUAACGAAAAAAAGGAGAAGAAUGUCCAUGAUAAUGGGGCUAGGUCGUCACGACAUAAAGCGAAAGGAUUAAGUAAAAAGGAACUAGCAAAAUUAAAAAAAGAAAAUUUACCAGACGAAAUCGAUGUGGAAAAUUUGACGAAAAAACAUACCUACGUAUUCCCAAAUGAACACAACGAUGGACUGACCAUCAUUGAUAUAUACGUCCCAUUACACAACAAUGGCGAGGAAGUGAUGGAGUUGACCAAGGAAGAAGUUUUGGAUGUCUGCAGGGAGCUAUUUAGAAAUAGAAAAGUUCAAAAAACAAUGUCAGAUGAGGAUAAAGAAUUAGUCAAGAACGGAAAGAAAUACGUUGUUCUGUAA